AUGCCGAAGAGACGCGACAUCGUGGCCAUUGUUUUGAUUGUGUUGCCGUGGACACUGCUCAUCACUGUUUGGCACCAGAACGCCAUCACUCCACUGCUCUCCUCUCAUGACAGAGUCAGUGGUCGCUCGAGGAACACCUUCAUCUAUAAGGACUGCUCCUCUCCAGGCCGUGGCAUUGUGGAGGUGGUGCGUACAGAGUAUGUGUACUCUCGCCCCCCACCCUGGUCUGAUGCCCUCCCUACCCUCCACGUGGUCACCCCCACCUACAGCCGGCCUGUGCAAAAGGCUGAGCUCACGCGCCUCGCCAACACGCUGCUCCAUGUGCCCAACCUGCACUGGAUCCUGGUGGAGGACGCCCAGAAGAAGACUAAACUGGUCAGUCGCUUCCUGCAGGAUACUGGUCUGAACUUCACCCAUCUGAGUGUUGAGACCCCCCGGAACUACAAGGUGCGAGGGGACACCAGGGACCCCCGAAUACCCCGUGGCACCAUCCAGAGGAACCUGGCUCUCCGCUGGCUCCGUGAAACCCUGAACCCCAACAGCAGCCAGCCUGGGGUGGUCUAUUUCGCAGAUGACGACAACACGUACAGCCUGGAGCUCUUUGAAGAGAUGCGCUCCACUAAGAAGGUGUCAGUGUGGCCUGUAGCUUUUGUGGGGGGACUUCGUUAUGAGUCUCCUAAAGUGAACUCUCUGGGUAAAGUAUUUGGCUGGAAAACUGUGUUUGACCCUCACCGGCCCUUUGCCAUCGACAUGGCCGGCUUUGCCAUCAACCUGCGCCUCAUCCUGUCCAAACCUCAGGCCUAUUUCAAACUGAGAGGAGUGAAGGGAGGCUAUCAGGAGAGCAGCCUAUUAAAGGAGCUGGUUACCCUCGGCGACCUGGAGCCUAAAGCUGCAAACUGCACCAAGAUUUUAGUAUGGCACACACGGACAGAGAAGCCAGUGCUGGUGAAUGAGGGCAAGAAAGGAUUUACUGAUGUGAACGUGGAGAUAUGA